CCCGGUCACAUUGCAAAAAGAAUCUCUAGGAUAGUUUAUUAUUAUGCGCUCAAAACAAAUAUCUCACCUUUUUCAAACGGAAUACAAAUAAGAUAAACCAAAAAUGCAGUUCUCCUGGAUGAAGGUGGCCAUAUACCUCCUAACUUUCCUCACAUACGCCUAUUCCGGCUACGGAUCCAGCACAAUAGUCCAUCUAAGGGAUGCCAUUAUAGCGGCGGAGGCAAUAUUUGGUGACGUGUUCAAGAACCUGAUAGUUCUGGUGCGCAAAUUUCGCACGGUUCACGAGGUAUUCGAUGCGGCAGUGGACGAGAAUUGCGUAUACCAAUGCCCCGCUCCGGAUAUCGGAGGACCAGCCCCUCGGGCGGUUCAGAAUAAGUUCUAUACUCCCACGGCCGACGGAUGUGGUUCGCUGGGCUUGAGGAUCAGCACGGAUUACCUGCCCGCCAAGGAAAUGGAGACAUGCUGCAAUGAUCAUGACAUUUGCUACGACACCUGCAACAGCGAUAAGGAGCUGUGCGACCUGGAUUUCAAGAGGUGCCUCUACAAAUACUGUGAUAGCUACGAGAAGUCCAUUGCCAGCGAUCUUAUGAUGAAGGGAUGCAAGGCGGCUGCCAAGAUGCUAUUUACCGGCACCCUAACUCUGGGCUGCAGGUCCUAUCUGGACUCCCAGCAGAGAUCCUGCUACUGUGUUCCUCCAAAGACCUCCUCCUACAAUGGAAACAGCAACAAGGGCAGCAGCAGGGAGAAGCAGCAGCGCCAGAAGUACGGCUGGAAGGAUCGGAACGAGAUAUAGUACCGGAUCACUUUUCACGAGGGUGCGGGGCACAUGGGGUAUUAUCUAGAUAAGUGCGCGUUAAAUGUUUUCGUUAACCUGUGUUGUGUUAGUUUAUGAACGGGUGUCUAUAGCCUUUAGACUCCUUUUGACGAAUUUCAUAAUUGUAUACCAAAUUGUGGCAUGCGAACGGUUCAGACUGUUAAAUACAUUGAUAUUUUUACCUAUAAGAAA